GAUCAACGUUGUAGUACAAGUGUGUGUGACCCAAAGAAAAAAUUGUAUUUAGUAUAGUGUGAUUCAUUGAAGUGUUAGGGAUGGCUAGUGGUAGCAGAAAUCCUCUUGUUGUUGGGCGUGUUAUUGGAGAAGUAAUAGACCCCUUUGAAAGUUCUAUUCCUUUUAGGGUCACCUAUGGCAAUAGAGAAGUGAGCAAUGGUUGUGAGUUUAAACCUUCACAAGUUGUCAAGCAACCCAGAGUGAGUGUUGGCGGAGAUGACUUCAGGAACUUCCACACUAUGGUCUUAGUGGAUCCUGAUGCUCCUAGUCCAAGUAAUCCCAAUUGCAGGGAGUACCUUCAUUGGUUGGUGACUGAUAUUCCAGCGACCACAGGGGCUAGUUUCGGUAACGAGGUUGUAAGUUAUGAAAGUCCACGACCCACGAUGGGGAUUCAUCGUUUCGUAUUUGUGUUGUUUCGUCAACAAUAUCGACAGAGGGUGUAUGCUCCUGGAUGGAGACAAAAUUUCAAUACUAGAGAAUUUGCUGAACUUUACAAUCUCGGAUUACCAGUUGCUGCUGUCUUCUUCAACUGUCAGAGGGAAGCUGGCUCCGGUGGUAGGACAUUUUGAAAACUUUAUUGUAUACCGAAAGUGCAUCUAGCACCUUAAUAGAAAAGUAAUACACAUAUAAUAACACACAUCUCUAGGUCACAUAUGAAUAUGUACCCAAAUUACUAUAUGUAUCACUUUAUGCUUAUGUAUACUUAUACUUUUUUUUUUGGUGAAUUAUAUGUACUUAUAUUAAUACAAAUAAAGUAUUAAAUAUUUGAGUAGUA